GCUUGUGAUUGAUGGCAUGGGGAAUUUGUAGGAGGGAUAAAAAUGCUAUCUAAGCGACACUAUGACCUUGUUUCGGAAGAUGGGUAUGACACACGGAUUCCCCUUCACAACGAGGAUGCUUUCCAACAUGGAAUACACUUUCAAGCAAAGUAUAUUGGGACAUUGGAUGUGCCCAGACCUAGCAGUCGUGUUGAAAUUGUGGCAGCCAUGCGUAGAAUCAGGUAUGAAUUUAAGGCCAAAGCGAUAAAGAAAAAGAAAGUAUACCUGAACAUUUCAACAGAUGGCGUGAAAAUAACUCUACGCAACAAACGCAAGAAAUCACUCGGUGGACGGAUUACAGAAGAGAAGAUAUUGGUGAUGCAUCAUCCUAUUUUCAGAAUUUUCUAUGUGUCACAUGACUCACAGGAUUUGAAGAUCUGGAGCUACAUAGCUAGAGAUGGACCGACCAAUGUGUUCAAGUGUAAUGUCUUCAAGGCUUACAAAAAGAGUCAGGCAAUGCGAAUUGUCCGCACAAUUGGCCAGGCUUUCGAGGUUUGUCACAAGUUAACGAUCCAUCAUGCUGCCCAAACCACAGAUCCAGAACGUAGCAGCCAUUUCUCGGAUGAUUUAGAAGCAGGAGAUUCAAAACUAGUGAAAGACAAGAAGGACGCUAAAGACGAGAAGAAACACCUUACCACGGGCAACAGUCCAUUGAAGGGCGAGGGCAAGGUCAUACCCCCGGCUGAACUUGCCCUCCAACAAGCUCAGGACCUACUUAUCACUAUGGCAGCAAAGUCACCAGUGAAACGUAAGGGCAAGUCAUCACCACUUCACACCACAGGGGAUGAAGGUGGUGUUUAUCCAGCAAGUGUCCAACACCAUGUUCAGCUAUUACAAGACCAUGUGGAGCAAAACCAACACCACACACAAGUGGCACUGGCUCAGGUCCAUCUUCUCAAGGACCAGCUGGCAGCGGAGACUGCUGCUAGGAUUGAGUCUCAAGCACGAGCUCACCAGUUGUUGGUCCACAAUAGAGAAAUCCUACAACACAUGGCUGAACUGGUUAAUAGGUUACAUGAGCUGGAGAUACAGGUCAAGGGGACAUCUGCUUCCAUGGAAACUCUUCUUCCACCACCAUCACAGUUACCGUUUGCUAUGUUACCUGACCCAACCACUCCCCAGGUGGGGCCGUUGUACACACCUGACCAACAGGAUUUAGACAGUUCUUAUAUGGGUUCAAUGACAGACUCCUCAUCUUUUAUACGGAACAAUAAGUCUGACUUUGAUACAGACUCUCCGGAUAGUGGACAUAAAGAAAUGUCAACAGAAAAUUUGUCCAAACCAGACAGUGCGUAUUGGCAACACAUCAUGCAUGGACAGCCUGUUUCUUUUAGUUCGCCGGAUGGAUUUUACGGGGAACCUGUUGGGCAGUUUGGUGAUCUAUCCUCUGUGACAGGCAAUCCAUUUGCCAAUGGCUUUAAUGAUAAUGUGGAGAGUUAUUAUCCCCAGAACUCAAAUGAGGAGCAUCUUAAAAUCAUUACACCCUUGCCACAUCAAGAUGCUAGUGGGAACAAACUUGAACUCAAACUGACCAAGACCCCUAAGAUUGCACCACCACCUGAAUUCCGAAACUCAAAAUCAUAUAGGGAUUCAACAAUUUCGCAAGUAAGCAUGGAUAGCAUUACUUCACAAGAACUAAGCCUGUUAAUGAAAGGAGACAGUGAUUAUUUCUCCACAGUUACCAGUUCGUCAAGCUCUCACCUGAAUGAGAAUAGUUUAAACAACAAUAACAAAAGUUUGGCAGGUCGCAAUGGGAGUUCAGAUUUAGACAAUGUUAACUCACAAAACAAUAAUUCAGAAUCUGCUUUCAAAGGUAACGACUUGUCAGCAGACUUUGUGACGACGUCUGACAUUCAGUAUAUUGACAAUCGGGAAGUGCGUGCCACAGCCACCACUAAACACAAAAUAUCACCGGAAAUAUGUGACAUGGACCCACAAACUAAUGUUUUGCCAUCAACGGAUGCCUCUCCUCAGAGCACCCUCAGCAAGGAGGCAGGACAUGUGGAGGAGGCACAAAUCAAAAUCAAAGUUCCCCCUCCACCUCCACCUCCUCGUAAAAUUGACUCUCUCACUUUCGAGGAGUUUGAAAAUCUUGUAUCCUGAAUUUAACUUUUGACCUUUAACCUCUGUUUGCACAUUUGCAUUAGAGUUGAAAGUUGAAAUAAUAAUAAAGUACUCCGGAUUUGUUCCUGAAGGCUUGUGUUAAAGGGCACAAUCAUGUCAAAGAUUUUCUGUAAGCUCUUCCUCUAUUUUCACAUUUACAAACCAGAUAUUUUCGUUAAA